AUGAUCGACGUCCCAAUGUUCGCUUCGGUAUCUCCACUACGUUGCGCCUGCUCGCGUGCAUACGUCGUCCACCAAAACAGACAUGAUGCGGAUUCGAAAGCCGUUUGCAGGUAUGUGCAUGCCGUCAUAGCUGGCGGAGCUGCGCCGUCUGCUCCGCCUGAUGGGAUAGCUGUUUUCCCAAUCUGUGCCUUCGCAGCCCUCAUCUUCAUAUCCGCCGCGGGCGGCUUCGCCCCGCCAGAAUACAACGUCACACCCCGGAUCAAGCAAUCCGACAAAGCGCUGCACUUCGUUGCCUUCUUCCUGCUGACGCUAACGUUCUAUUGGAUCCUCGAGACCUCCCGCCGGAAAGUGAUACACUUCACGCUCCUCAUCGUCACGCUUGGGCUGGGAGUUGCGAGCGAGGUGGUGCAGGGAGUGUUGCCUAUUGGCCGCGAAUUCGAUUACUUCGAUAUCGUUGCAAAUGUACUGGGCUCGCUGACCGCGCUUGGGUUGUGCAAUUGGUACCAUAAGCGCAUGCUGGAGCGGAAGCGGGCUGCGCGGGGCUAUGGUGCGGUCGCAGGCGAUGAUCACGAUGUGGACAUCGAACUUGGGGAGUCCCGCAUCGAGAAUGGGCAAGAGUCUGGCGUUGUCAGGCCGAACGUGGAUCGGGAAUUGGACAAUUGGGAUGAGAAUGCGGAGGAUUGGGAGACUACCGAGCCGGGAGAUGCGAUAAGUGGACAGGCUGAGGGAGGCGAUCUGGGUGAAUCCAAGCGGGCUGACUGAACUGUGCCCCUGUGAAGCUAACGGUACGAUCGUUACGAUGACAUGGCGGGCACGCCAUCUAGGAUACCAUGACGCAGGAUUGUUAGACGAAUGCAUUGGACAAUCAUACUAUGGACCAUUGUAGGCAAUGCUGAAAUUCCAUCACGAUGCGCAUUCGUCGUAUCACCACAACCACCACACACGUCACAACAGGACCGGGAAGAGGCUGACGCAGAUCGAGUCGGAUAUUCGUUUUACAAGCUCGUAACUAGCCC